AUGGAAGACCCGACUGCUUACGUGUCCCAUCCGGACAUCUCACACGAGCGCGAACAUCCUCGCACGGGAAAAUAUUCGCAAUCGGAACAAAUCCCCGACGAGACAAAGUUGACUACCUGCGAAUGCAAGGAUUCGGGCAGAAACCUCGUCGUCUGCAUUGACGGUACCUCGAAUCAGUUUGGUCAGAAGAACACUAAUGUGAUCGAGAUGUAUAGGGACCUUGUAAAGGAUGAUAUGCAGGUAACGUUCUACAAUAGUGGUAUCGGGACAUAUGCUAGGCCGUCGUGGAAAUCAUGGAGCUAUCUAAAGCAAGUCGUAGACAACACAAUUGAUCUUGCCAUUGCUUGGAACUUUGAAAAGAUCAUUAUAAGCGCAUAUCAUUGGCUGUCAGAAAAUUAUCGUAGCGGGGAUCGUAUAUUCCUCUUUGGCUUCUCCCGAGGAGCAUACCAAGUUCGCGCUCUGUCUGCUAUGAUUGCAAAGGUAGUUGGACUCAUCCACAGAGGCAACGAGGAUCAGAUUCCAUUUGCGUACGAACUUUAUGCCAAGCCGAGACCAAGCAAAAGUCAGGAGAAGGAAGGGCCUACGGCAGAGAUGUUCAAGGAGACGUUUUCACACAAUGUGCGAGUGCAUUUCGUGGGAGCCUGGGACACUGUGUCAUCUGUGGGGAUUCUGCGAGAUAAGACGCUUCCCAACACGGCUGAGGGCAUGCAUCACGUCUGCUUUUUUCGCCAUGCUCUUGCACUCGACGAGCGUCGGGUGAAAUUUCUGCCCGAAUACACAUAUGGCGGCAGAGCGAGCAAAGAGGAAAGCUAUUCUGAGCGUUUCACGUCUUCAGUCCAACACGCGGAAGAUUCCAUACCCCACACCAAGGAAGUUUGGUUUGCUGGCACACAUUCUGAUAUAGGGGGUGGAAACUCUAAGAACUCGAACUUGGAUCGGGGAAAGCCGGCAUUGCGAUGGAUGUCCCGAGAAGCGGAAUCUGUCGGGAUCCAUUUCGCGCCCAGGCUUACGAGGUGGGAAUGGGAGAAACUAGGGGCAGUGAACGAAUCCUUGACCUUGGCCUGGAAGUUUAUUGAGCUUCUCCCUAUCAGACGGCUGUCGUAUAAGGGCAAGAAUAUCACAACGUUUCGGCCUCAUCUUGGAAAAGGCCGACGGAUUGAUAUAGGACAACAACUUCAUGCCUCGGUCAUAUUCUCUUCUAACAAACUUUACAAACCACGAGCUCAGCUUUGGCCAGACGGUGGUGGGAAUUCUAACCUGAAAAGCUAA